UAAAAUGAUUUAUCAAAAAAAAUAUUUGUCAAAUAUGUUGACGGUGUCUGUAUAGUCUCAAAAUAUGCAAGAAAAUAUUAGGUUGGAUAACAAAAUAUAAUACAUCAAGCUGGAAAAUGGGCUGCUCCGGCAUUCCCACCAUUGAUAUAUCUCCUUUCUUAAAAGAAGGUGUUGAUGAAGAUGGAAAGAAGAAGAUCAAAGAGGUUAUAAGCGAAGCUUGUUGUCAGUAUGGAUUUUUUCAAAUAGCUAACCAUGGUGUGCCACUUGAUUUGAUGAUGCAAGCCCUUGAGCUAUCCAAGACCUUCUUUGAGUACCCAGAUGAUGAAAAGCUCAAGGCUAGUCCUGGAUCUUCUGCACCUCUUCCGGCUGGUUAUAGCCGCCAGCCUGAACACUCGCCAGAUAAGAAUGAGUACUUGUUGAUGUUUCCUCCGGAUUCUAAUUUCAAUAUCUACCCUCAAAACCCACCUGAAUUUCGGGGAGUAUUGGAAGAGAUAUUCUUGCAUUUAACGAAGGUUGGUAUUCUUUUGGAGAGCAUAUUGAAUGAGUGCUUGGGAUUUCCUGCAAACUUCCUGAAAGAAUACAAUGAUGAUAGAAGCUGGGAUUUCAUGGUGGCCUUGCGUUACUUUCCGGCCACAGAGAAUGAGAACAAUGGAAUCUUAGAACAUGAAGAUGGAAACUGUAUCACUUUUGUGUUCCAAGAUGAUGUUGGAGGUUUACAAGUUCGCAAGAACAAUGAAUGGAUCCCUGUUACUCCCAUUCCAAGCACAAUUGUGGUCAACCUUGGUGAUGUUUUUCAGGUGUUGAGCAACAACAAAUUUAAGAGUGCAACUCAUAGAGUGGUAAGAGCAAAAGGAAGAAGCAGACAUUCCUAUGCAUUUUUUUAUAAUUUGCAUGGAGAAAAAUGGGUUGAACCUUUACCACAAUUCUCUAAAGACAUUGGAGAGCCACCAAAAUACAAAAAAUUCCAAUUUAAAGAGUACCAGCAGUUGAGAAUGAGGAACAAAACCCAUCCACCUUCCAAACCUGAAGAUGUUAUCAAUAUUACUCACUAUGCAAUUACCCCCUAGGAAAACAAGGUAAGAUUUCUAUUUUAUUUUGAAUAUUAAUGAACCCCUUUUGUUAUUUUACUUUACAAACUAAAAUCUCAUGGACUUUUGAUUGAUUGUAAUAUUUAUAUUUUUUGCAAUGAGUAAAAUAUAUUUAAUUA